UGAAUCUGUCCGGAUGGAUGGGAGAUGCCGGAGAAAGCCAAGAGAACUACCCGAGACGGCAAUCUCUGGCAUCGCAACCCUAAACUGCCUCUCUCCCAGUCGAUUUCCCCCCCGCACACGCACCCCGCAGACGAUGAACGUCGUUCCUGCUGUUGGGAACGAAUUCAGAAACAAUCCCCAUUGGAAGGAUUCGGGCGAAUUGCCUCUUCCAAGGCUCGCCAGCGCGCGGCCUAUCGACCAGACCCAUCGAGGCCCACGCGGAGCAUAUCCAUUAGGUAACGACACGGACGUCGUCCAUACAAAACUCUGCAUGCAUCGGUGGACCACCCCCCACCGCCCGGUCACUCCAUUUAGCUAGUAUUUAAGGCCCUCGAGAAAAAUGUUUGCCGUCGUCGUCUUGCGAUUCUGUUCACACCGUCUGAGUCUGGAGUCCGGGACGUAUACAUGUCGACCUCGCACGCCCAUCAUGACCCGGUGAGGGACCCCAUUGAGGAAGACCAGGAUGGCGCCACGGUCUUCAGCGACACCAAGCAUGAGGACCAGCCGCCGCAGAACAUCUUCAGCCAGGGCGGCAAGGACUACCGCACCCUCGGCCGCUGGGAUACCGUCUUUGCCCUGGUCACCAACCAGGUUGGCCUGGGCGUGCUGUCGCUGCCGGCCUGUCUGAAGACCCUGGGUGUGAUUCCCGGUGUCAUCGCUAUCAUCGGUCUGGGCUCGCUGUCCGCGUACACGGCGUACGUGCUGCUGCAGUUCUACCGCCGAUAUCCCCAGGUCGUCAACGUCGUCGACAUGUGCGGCAUCGUGGGAGGCCCGUAUCUCGAGAUCCUCGCCGGCGUAGGCCUGCUCAUCAAGGUGAUGAUGACCUGCGCCUCCGCCGGCGUGACGCUGUCCGUCUCGUUCAACACCCUCAGCAACCACGCCUUCUGCACUGUGGGCUUCCUGACUAUCGCCAUCGUGGCCUCCUGGAUUCUCACUUUGCCGCGCACCGUCAAGUUCGUGUCGCAGACCGGCAUCCCCUCCACCAUCAGUAUCCUCAGUGCCGCUCUGAUCGUCAUGAUCAGUCUGGGUGUUGCGAAUCCCGCCCAAGCGCCGCCGGGCUGGGAGAACAAAAUCGAGGUCAUCGGCCGGCCGACUUUUCGCGAGGGUCUGAACGCCUGUUUGAAGAUCUGCUACGCCUAUGCCGGCAACAUCAGUUUCGUCGGCUACAUGGCCGAGAUGCGCAACCCGUCGCGCGACUUCCCCAUGGCCCUGGCCUGCCUGGAGGUGUUCUCGAUCACCAUCUACACCGUCGUGGCCAUUGCCAUCUUCUGCCUGGCAGGCGACUACACCACCUCGCCCGCGCUCGGCUCGGCGCCGCGCAUUCCGGCCAAGGUGGCCUACGGCAUCGUGCUGCCCGCCGUCUUCUCCACCGCCAUGGCGUUCGGCCAGACCGGCAUCAAGUACAUCUACGUGGUCGUCAUGCGCUGGAUGAACGCCACCCACCAGGUCACCGACCGCAGCGUCAAAUCCUGGACCACCUGGGUCGGCUGCGGCACCUUGUACUGGCUCGUCGUCUGGGUCAUCGCCAACGCCAUUCCGGUGUUCGACUCCAUCCUGUCCAUUUCGUCCGCCACCACCAUCGCCUGGUUCACGUUCGGGCUGAGCGGCGUGUUCUGGUUCCAUCUCAACCGCGGCUGCCUGUUCCAAGACUGGAAGAAGAUCCUGCUCCUGAUUCUGAAUACGCUGCUGAUUAUUCAGUCGCUGUUCAUGAACGCCGGUGGCCUCUGGUCGUCGAUCACCGAACUCAUGAACAUCUUUGAUAACGACAGCAGCUCAGUCAGGGGGUCCUUUUCCUGCGGCGACAACUCUGCCAUCUGAGUUCGACGAUAUAUGGGAACUUGAAGUCUACGUUUUUAGAAAUUUGUACAUACAUUCAAUGCCAUGUUUGAUAG